AUGGCACCACCAAGAAUCCGCAGAGGAGGAAAGAAGCUCCCCCCAGGAGCAGGACGCACAGCCGCCGCCGCCAAGAAGGCACAAGCAGAAGCCGCCGCAGCCGCAGCAGCGGCUUCCAACCCUGACGCCCUCGAGGAGGCACCUCAGGUGCUCGACCCCGAGAACGAGACUGGCGAUGCGACCGUUAGCAUGGAAGUCGAUCAGGAGAGUCAGGAUGCCAAAGCCUGGAUCAAAGAGAAUGUUGAUCUGGAAGUCGCGAGGAUAAGGGCGACAGGAACAGCAAUUGAGUCUCUGAAGGUCAGGAACUUUGGAAUUGUGGUCGACCUCUCGAGGAAGAAGCCCCUGGGGAUCAACAGGAUCGAAAUCGACUCCAAGACCGACUUUAAAAAAGUCCAACAGAUCAUGGUCUCCCCCGGCGUUCCUUACCCCCACAAGGAGAACUUUGAAUACGUUAAUGUCCUGUUGUUCACGGAUAGCACGGAGACGCCAAUGUUGGUACCAUACUUGUAUGAUACCAAGUACAAGACUCAGGAACCUUUGGAAAACGAAGACUCGCAGGAUACCACAACAACAGCACCAACAUCACCAGUAGCAGAGGAUGAGAGGCCUUGGAUCCCCGUGAAAAACAACCUUACGGAAUGGUUGCUCGUCAACUCUUUGCACAUGCGGGCUAAACACCAUAUCGACGAGUUCCAUGAUAUUUAG